CCUCCCUGUUGGGUCGGCGCGGCGGCCAUUUUGUGUUUAUCUCUCCAUGGCGCACUUUGGGCGCUUGGUGUCAUCUUUAUAAAGAAAGAAUUCAAUUAAAAGGGAGCAAAAGAGCGAGGAGAGAGCACAAAUAAUAACAAUUUCCCCCAUUCCUCUCCGCCACUGCCACCAGCAAAACAAGCGGUCUGGGUGUAUAUGUACGCGUUUGGGUGUGUAUAUAUGUGUGUGAGAGAGGGGGAGAAAGAGACCGAGAAUGCGUUCCCGAGGCUUAUAAAAAGGAAGAAGGAUUCGGUUUUCUUCGUGUGCCAUGGCGGGCUGUUGGAUGAAUCAUGUGUGAGAGGGAGAGCAAACAUUUUCCGAUCAGUGACAGCGAUGCUGCAUUUCACGUGGAAGCUAUAACCAGGUGGCUUGUGUAGUGUCAGUGCCUGCUACAGGAAGUAGCCCUCUGAACUCACAGGUGCCUGUUUCUAACCAUCCUUGCCAGUGCUUGGUAAGGAUUGGGGGAAGUUGCAGAAUGGAACAAAGAAAUGUUUUAUUAGGGUCUAUGAACCAGUCUUUGGGCAUUGAUGCAGAGGGAAGCCCUGGAAAGAAUACCCCAACAAGUUGUUACAGUAAAGUGGUUGGCAGGAGAGAAGAAGAGUUGGAUGGGACAGCCUUGGAGGAGGAAGAUGGUACAAACUGGAAGCAGGAGGAGGGGAAAGUAAUUGACUCCAGACAAGAACUUGACCCAACAAACUCAGACCAGCAGCAGUUCUCAGUCAAGGAGACAAACUUUGCGGAGGGCAGCCUAAAGCUGAAGAUUGGGUUGCAGCCUAAGAGAACUAAGAAACCCCCAAAAAGCCUGGAAAAUUACGUUUGCCGGCCAGCUAUAAAAACCACCAUCAAGCACUCGCGAAUGAAGAUCGCUAAAAGUGGGAAGACAACUGAAGAAAGGGAAGAAGAGAGUGAGCAAAAACGGGGUUCGCUGAAGCUGCACAAUAAAAAUGAGGAAAUGAAGACAAUUGAAACGUCUAUAGAAGAGAGUCGCUAUCCACAGACAGUAGGAGAGCCGAAAAAACCACCGCCACCACCACCUCCACCACCACCCCCUACUCCUCCUCCUCCUCCACCUCCCCCUCCUCCUCCGAGUUUGGAACAGUCUGAAUGUAGUAAAGCUACCACGUGUAGCACAGUAUGCUCCAGAAUCACUGAUGCAAAAGAACAAGUAAACGGCGACGUGUCUUUGAUUGAAAAGUCUUCGGUGCUUAAAGGCACCUGUCCAGCAUCAAAGUUCUCCAGAACCAAGUUCAGGAAGCCAACAAUUGGCAAUGGAAUGGUAAUGAGCAAAGACUCAAGCCAGCUGAAAGCUGGUCUUACUGCUGCCAGCUCGGUUAAAGAACACUUGAGCACUCCAAGUUAUGUAGAUUACAAGAAUGUGAAUUCGACAGAUCAGGAAACUGGAAAGGAUGGCACCAGCAGUAAACUCUGUGGGAAGACCGUUCUCACCCAAACGUCUAAGGAGACCUUGCUGGAAAAAGCGUCGGUAAGGCAAGAGUCUCUGGUGGGCGACACAGCCCUGUGCCACGAAAGAAAUUCGCCACGUCACGAUCAGCUGGUCUCCACAGAGAAGGCAGAGCACACGAUCCCAAAGCUAGACAAGCAACCGACGACAAAUUGCACUUCAGCAGACCAUCGAGCUGCUACUAGCACUGACAUCUAUGGGAGGAGGUCCACCAGUGGUGCAGGGGUGGAAGGUGUCAUUUCUGCACCCUCACCAGCGGGACCGGCGGCUUCGUUAAGCAGGAAUCCUACAUUUCCACCUCUUCCUCCUCCCCCUCAGCCCCCUCCCGCCCAGGUAGAAAUCAGCCAGGGGUUGGUAAUUUCAGAUACGGACAUCAAGCCGUCCGUCGAAAAUCAGCCUUUGUUGAGCAACCUACCUCUUCACUUUGGGUUCAAGCUCCAUGCUCACAACUUCAGUGCAGAGUCUGCUACCACUGAACGCACAAAUGACAGCAGCCUGCAGCCCCCACGCCUCGACAGCAUGAAAGCUUUCACUCAGCUCGCUGAAAGGAGCCGUGAGCCGCCGUGCCUUCCCGUGCCCAAGUCUGAUUCUGCCAGUUCAGCUGGUACCACGGUGGCUAGCUUUAAAAACCUCCUAAACAGCAAGCCCUCACUCAAGCCCAGCACACUGAAGGUGGCGCAUCAGCAACUGCAAAAGACCUACCAAAACUGCUCGGUCCCAAGUACCACCCUCCAACCAAAACUCUUAAACAAAAGGAAGGGAAAGAGCCCCCGUAUGAAGGUGGUUGCAAGCAGCAGCGUCAGCGGUUUUGGCGAGUGUUUGACUUCAUCGGUAGCAUCUUCGGGACUAUUGAAAACUGCUACAUAUAGAACAGAGCAAAAAGCUCACUCUGACCAUCCUCACCUGAUCAGGAGUCCAAGCUUUUCUUCAGUUUUCAAUGAAUCUAAAAUUAUUAAGCCCCGCCUGCCAAAGCUGACCAAGGCUUGCAUUUCCCCACCUCCACCCCAGAAACCUGAGGGAGGGAGGCAUUUUAUGUCCCAGCAGGGUCACCUCGAAGAGAGAGUCUCUAAAAAUGGUUCACAAGACUCUCUGUCAUUAAGCUGCACUUCAGAUGUCCACAAACCUAAACGGGCCCGUGCAAAACUUGACCCCAUGCCUCAUCUCGAAGAGCCGCCACGUAGGACUUUAAAGAUCCCCCCUUCCAAAGUACUUUCAAUGAUGUCAAAGACCAAGGAAUUUAUCAGGGAGAAAGAGCCUCCAGUACUUCAGCCAGAGACUGAAAUUGUGCCCAGCAAAACUUUUACAGCCUCUCUUCCCGGGAAGCGGAGACGGGGCAGGCCGAAAAAGCAGCUGAUGGCUGCAGUUAAAGCCACAGUGCCAGCUCCAUUACUCACUGCACCGUCAGUUGUCACAGAGAGUGCAGGUGAGCCUGAGGAGGAGACCACGCACCCUGGAAGUCUUGAAUCAAGUGAGCUGAAGAAUAAGUCGGUGGAGUAUGUGCAGAAAAUGACUGCUGGUGAUAACUUUGAAAUGGGCAGUGAAACCGACUCAAAAUCGUCCAAGAAGGGGAAGAGGCAAUUGAUGAAGACACUUCUGGAUAAGAAAUUUAUCAAGAAGAUCAAUAAAAUGAAGACGCUGAAAAGGAAAAAGCUUUUGAACCAAAUCCUUUUGAGCGCUGGUGGGUCAAGUAAUAAAGGGAAAGUGCAAUCAAAGCUAAACAGUACUGUCUCAUCUUUCACUGCCACCUUUGGCUCCAAGGUGGGCCAGCAAAUUAAUGUUAGUAAAAAAGGAACUAUUUACAUUGGAAAGAAAAGGGGCCGGAAGCCCAAAAUGUCCUUAGAUGGUCCAUACAUAAGUAGCAUGCUGUCUAUUGAUAAUAAGCCAUCACCACCAGCAUUCUCUACAACACUAGGGCAAGUGCUGCCAAACUUCACGCAGUCAUCGAACUCGAAUGUACCAGAUAUUCUCCCUUCACCAACUUACUCCCAGUCGUCAGGAGUGAGUGGAAGUCAGAGUCCUGCCAGCAGCGAUGCAGGGUUUAUCGAGCCCACCCCAGUGCCAAACUUGCACCUGCACGGCAGCAAGGGCAACGCGGUGCAGGCACUCGUGACACGAAAAGCCUCCAAAGGCCGCCGAAAGCUGUCGCCUCCGACCCUGCUGCCAAACUCGCCGUCCCACCUUUGUGAGCUGACAUCACUGAAGGAAGCCACGCCUUCACCCAUUAGCGAGUCGCACAGUGAAGAGACCAUCCCAAGUGACAGUGGCAUCGGGACGGACAACAACAGCACGUCGGACCGGGCAGAGAAGUUCUGCGGGCCAAGGAAGCGGCGGUACUCCUUUGACCACGUUUCCGUCAUGCCUCCCGAAAGUGCUGCUGUCCUGUCUGGGCUGAAGGAGAAACAUAAGCACAAGUGCAAACGCAGAGCCCACGAUUAUCUUAGCUAUGACAAACUUAAGCGGCAGAAGAGGAAACGGAAAAAGAAGUACUUACAGCUGCGGAACAAACAGGACCCUAAUUUUUUGGCUGAAUUGGAGGAACUGAUAACUAGAUUAAGUGAAUUAAGAAUAACUCACAGAAGUCAUCACUACAUCCCCAGAGACAUUCUUCCUUCAAUCUUUCGGAUCAAUUUUGGCAGCUUCUACACACACCCACCUUUUCCUUUUGACCCUAUGCACUAUGUCCGAAAACCUGAGCUGAAGAAAAAGCGGGGAAGGCCCCCAAAAAUGCGAGAUGCCAUGGCUGAAGUCCCCUUCGUCCACAGCUUGGGGUAUCCCCUAGCAAAUGGUGGUUUCUUCCCCUCCUACAGUAUGCCUUACUCUCCAACACCAGUCUCAGCAGGCCCACUGGGAUUGGGUUAUUAUGCACGGUACCCUCCCACAUUGUAUCCACCUCCCCCUCCCCCUCCUCCCCCCUCCCUGAGUAGUACAAUGCCCCCUCCUUCGUACAUGCAUACUGGCCACCUGCUCCUGAACCCCAACAAGUACCACAAAAAGAAACACAGACUCCUCAGACCAGAGGCCUUUCUAGCUGGCAGUCGGACCUCGCUGCUGUCCAUGGGCACUUACGCCAGCAUCCCGGCAGAAAUGGCUUACAGCUGGAUGCACGAACACAAACACAAACAUCGGCACAAGCACCGGGAGCAUCGCUCCUCAGAGCAGAAUCCGUCAUCUGUGGACGGUUUAACAGUUAAUCCCUCGCUGCUCCGGCGGUACACAUAUGGAAAGGAAGCAAUGUCAGAACGGCACAAGCAUAAAGACAAACACAGGUGCCAUACACCGUUUACCCACUUGUCCUCUUCUAAAGGGUUACUCGGUAGAGGGGACCAGUGGACUCGAAGGGACUCCACGGAGCACAGUUCCAUAUCAGUGGGAUUGCAAACUCCUCUUCAAAUAGACUGCACGGAUGGGUCAGCAGGCUCUUGUUCAGGACGAUACAUGUCCAGUUCAGAAUCGAACAUCAGUGAAGAACAUACCAAUCUGUUUACAAGUGCAAUAGGAAGCUACAAGCCUAGCAAGCCCUUGAAUGGCAUGGGGCGAAAGAAGCCAUCGGAUAGUCCAGAACUUGUUGCCACACAGGAUAUUUUGCCGAGCAGGUUAAUAAGGAGGGACAGGCCUCCUUCUGGGGAAAGAAACAACCUGACACCAGCAGGCAUGCAAUCAGCACAGGACAAAUAUGCAUCACAGAGGCAUCAGGACAGUGCUUGUUGCAGUCCCAGCAGGAGGAGGGCUCCGUCAGAAAGUGCAACUUUACCCGGCACAGGAUUGACAUCCCGAGGUACAAAACUAGGAAGUCCAGUCGAGGAAGCUAUUGAGAACGUCAUCCAGCGUGUGACACAAGAUGGUUCCCAGCAAAUGGCCAUAGAGAAGACAAUAGAAGAUGUCAUAGCCAGUGUAACGGUUACUCACCCUGACAGCCCCCUAACCCCUCUCUCGGGCAAAAGCUACAGUCAAGAAAGGUGCCAGAACAAGCGAGCAGAAACCCCCCCUGCCCAAUCUGUGGGAGUAAAUGACUUCCCGGAGGACAGUCAGUUAUCUCCUGAUAAACAGACCAUAGCAGCCAGCCACCGACUUAAGAAGGAUCGGAUUGAAGCCAUGCAGUGUCAGGCAAGGAGAAUGUGCAAUUUUGACAAAAUAUUAGCCACCAAGAAGAACUUGGACCAUGUCAACAAGAUUCUGAAAGCCAAAAAGUUGCAAAGGCAGUCACGGACAGGUAACAACAUCAUCAAGCGGAAGCGGGGCAGGCCCCGGAAGAGGGAGCUGUGCCUCCCUCUGCCCAUCACGGCCCCUCCAACCCCUCCAGAAGUGGACAGUUUUCCCAAGGAGCAGAGCGAGAGCAUGGAGAAGGCCGGAGAGCAUGACACAAUCAUGGACGUUAUCGAGUCAGUACUGCAGAGUGUGAACCAGCAGCAGUCGGAGCACAGGAAGGGGGUGAAGCGGAAAAGGCACUGCGAGGAUGACUCCCCUGAGUUGUCCUCCGAAGUGGCUGGCCCAGCAGAUACUGCAGAGAAGACAGCAUCCCCGGAAUCUGCAACACCACCUCCUCAACUACCCAUCCAGAGGGAAAAGAAGGCCCCUCGUCCUCCAAAGAAAAAAUACCAGAAGGCAGGACUAUACUCUGAUGUCUACAAGGUCCCCGAUCCAAAAAGUCGGCUGAUUCUCGUGAAGAAGGAGAAGUUGGAGUACGUUCCCGGAGAGCAUGACUAUGGGCUCUUCCCUGCCCCGAUCCACGUUGGCAAGUACUUGAGGCAGAAGAGGAUAGACUUCCAGUUGCCAUAUGACAUCUUGUGGCAGUGGAAACACAAUCAGCUGUACAAGAAGCCUGAUGUCCCUCUUUAUAAGAAAAUUCGAUCAAACGUGUUUGUUGAUGUUAAGCCUCUCUCUGGCUGCGAGCCUACGACUUGCAACUGUAAAAGGCCAACAAACCCAGAGGAGAAGAGCUGUAUGGAGGACUGUCUUAACAGGAUGAUCUUCGCGGAGUGCGCCCCCAGCACGUGUCCCUGUGACGAGUACUGCUGCAACCAGCGGAUCCAGAGACACGAGUGGGUACAGUGCCUGGAGCGGUUCCGAGCCGAGGGCAAAGGCUGGGGCAUCCGCACCAAGGAAACCUUGAAGGCUGGGCAGUUCAUCAUCGAGUAUCUGGGCGAGGUGGUCAGCGAGCAAGAGUUCAGGAACCGGAUGAUAGAACAAUACCAGAACCACAAUGACCACUACUGCCUGAACCUAGACAGCGGGAUGGUGAUCGACAGCUAUCGCAUGGGCAACGAGGCUCGCUUCAUAAACCACAGCUGCAGCCCCAACUGCGAAAUGCAGAAAUGGUCUGUCAAUGGAGUUUACAGGAUCGGUCUGUUUGCACUGAAAGAUGUGAAUGCUGGCACCGAACUUACCUACGACUACAAUUUCCAUGCAUUCAACCUGGAAAAGCAGCAACUGUGCAAGUGCGGGGCGGAGAAGUGCCGGGGCAUCAUCGGUGGCCGGAGCCAGAGGAUGAAUGGGCAGCUGAACAAGCACGGCCAGCAGGCGAAUGGACAGAAGAAACCAGGCAGGUUGAAGGAGAAGAGGAAGUCAAAGCACCGGUUAAAGAAGAGGAGGGGGCACGUGUCGGAAGAACCGAGUGAGAGUGUCGGCAACCCUGCUAAGCUGAACCAGCCACACCAGAUGAAGCCUAUGUCCAAUAGAGAAAGGAACUUUGUGCUGAAGCACCACGUGUUUCUGGUGCGCAACUGGGAGAAGAUGCGGCAGAAGCAGGAGGAGGCGAAGCAGGAAACCGACAACAGUCAAUCCGUGUCGCUUUACACCCGCUGGAACGGCAUCUGCCGAGAUGAUGGCAAUAUCAAAUCUGACGUCUUCAUGACCCAGUUUUCAGCACUCCAGACGUCUCGGUCGGUCAGGACCCGGAGGCUAGCUGCAGCAGAGGAGAAUAUCGAGGUGGCGCGCACCGCACGCCUGGCGCAGAUCUUCAAGGACAUCUCCGAUACCAUCAUAUCCUACAAAGAUUCAUCUGAGCAAGCGCUGGCCACACCCCUACUGAACCUGCCAUCAAGGAAAAAGAAAUCGGACUAUUACGAGAAGAUUACUGACCCAAUUGACUUGGUCAGCAUUGAGAAGCAGAUUCUGACAGGCCAUUACAAGACGGUAGAAGCCUUCGAUGCAGACAUGCUCAAAGUCUUCAGGAAUGCAGAGAAAUAUUUCGGCAGGAAGUCUUCCAUAGGCAGAGACGUUUGCCGCCUGAGGAAGGUGUACUAUAAUGCGCGGCAUGAAGCCUCUGCCCAGAUCGAUGAGAUCAUCGGCGAGACUGCCAGUGAGGCUGACAGCAGCGAGACCUCCAUUGGCGAGAAGGAGAACGGCAUCGAAAAGGACGACGAUGUAAUCCGUUGCAUCUGUGGCCUCUACAAGGACGAGGGGCUUAUGAUCCAGUGCGAGAAGUGCAUGGUAUGGCAGCACUGUGACUGUAUGCGCGUAACUGCAGAUGUCGAACACUACCUGUGUGAGCAGUGUGAUCCUCGGCCUGUGGAACGGGAAGUUCCCAUGAUCCCCCAGCCCCACUACGCCCAGCCUGGCUGUGUGUACUACAUCUGCCUGCUGCGAGAUGACCUUCUGCUUCGACAUGGUGACUGUGUUUACCUGAUGAGAGAUAAUCGGCGAGGUCCAGAGGGGCAGCCCGUGCGACAGUCUUAUCGGCUCCUAUCCCACAUCAACCGGGACAAACUCGAUAUCUUCCGUAUCGAGAAGCUUUGGAAAAACGAUAAGGGGGAGCGAUUUGCCUUUGGCCAUCACUACUUCCGGCCCCACGAGACUCAUCACUCCCCAUCAAGACGGUUUUACCAUAAUGAGUUAUUCAGGGUGCCCCUCUAUGAGAUCAUCCCUUUGGAGGCUGUGGUGGGAACCUGCUGCGUGUUAGACCUCUACACAUUCUGUAAAGGGAGGCCAAAGGGGGUGAAGGACCAGGACGUUUACAUCUGCGAUUACCGUCUGGACAAGUCUGCACACCUCUUCUACAAGAUCCACCGUAACCGCUACCCUGUCUGUACAAAGUCGUAUGCAUUUGAUCAUUUCCCCAAGAAACUGACGCCCAAGAGGGAUUUUUCUCCUCACUACGUACCGGAGAAUUACAAGAGAAACGGAGGACGAUCUUCCUGGAAGUCAGACCGGACAAAAGUGCACUGCAAGGAGGUGGCCCCGGAGGAGGACCUCCCACCCCCCAUCAUCGAGGACAUGUCCACCGCUCAGGAGCAGCCGGCCGCCGAGAUGCCCCACCUGGAGGAGCAAGAGAGUGAGGGCAGCAACAGCACCUCCAAAGCGGAUUGCAGCCCCGAGGAGAAGCAGAGGGAGCAGAGGGAGAAGCUGAACAAAAUCCUGCUGAACCUCCUGGCCAAGAUCCCAGGGAAGAAUGCCAUCGACGUGACAUACCUGCUGGAAGAGGGCUCAGGGAGGCGUCUACGUAGACGAACGCUGUUGUUGGCUGAGAGCAGCCUCAGGAAGUGAAUCCUCCGGGCAGGCAAGAAGAGCCUCUCUCUCCUCCAAUGGGGAUCCUGGCAUCCGCCCUGGUCUGACUGCGUCCUGAGCAGCGAGGGAGUUGAGGAAUGGGAGAACAUCCUUCAUGCACCACGCCACCCCCCCCCCCACCUUUUCCCACCCUCCCCACUUUUUCCCCCACCCUUUCCUUCCCUGUUUCCCAGACUCUCCCACUCCAGCCAUUAGAAAUGGGACUCUGGAGAAUGAAUUAUUGAAGUGACAUUGGAAAAAAACAAACAGCACUUGGAUACAGUGAGGUGUUGAAGACCUGCAGUGCUCUUAUAGUGUGUACAGUAGCCCUCGUAUUAACUUCUGUGGGGGUUUGGGGGGGUGGUGGUUGGUUCGCUCUCUGGGUCUUCCGACUCCAAGGCAGCCAAAUAAAAAGACUUUUUUUUG